CCCUUUGUCAAGCAACAGAAGAACAAGGCCUACUUCAAGCGUUACCAAGUCAAGUACCGUAGAAGAAGAGAGGGUAAGACUGAUUACUAUGCUCGUAAGAGACUUGUUGUUCAAGCCAAGAACAAGUACAAUUCUCCCAAGUAUAGAUUGGUUGUUCGUUUCACCAACAAGGACAUCAUCUGUCAAAUUGUUUAUGCUAAGCUCCAAGGUGAUUUCGUUCUCUCUGCUGCUUACUCUCACGAACUCCCUCGUUACGGUAUUAAGGGUGGUUUGACCAACUGGGCUGCUGCCUAUGCUACUGGUCUUCUCCUUGCUCGUCGUACUCUUACUAAGCUCGGUCUUGCUGAUAAGUACGAAGGUUUCACUGAACCUGAUGGUUCUGUUCAAAUGAUUGAAGCCGCUGAAGAUGCUCCUCGUCCUUUCAAGGCCUUCCUUGAUGUCGGUCUUGCCCGUACCUCUACUGGUGCCCGUGUCUUUGGUGCCAUGAAGGGUGCCUCUGAUGGUGGUAUCUUCAUUCCUCACAAUGGUAACCGUUUCCCUGGUUUCGAUAUCGAAACCAAGACCAAUGAUGAUGAACUUCUCCGUAACUACAUCUAUGGUGUUCACGUUGCUGAAUACAUGGAAUACCUCGAAGAAGAAGAUGAAGAACGUUACAAGAAGCAAUUCGCUACCUUCCUCAAGAAUGGUAUUACUUCUGAUAAGGUUGAAGAUAUGUAUGCUGAAGCUCAUGAAGCUAUCCGUGCUGAUCCUUCUCCUAAGCCUACUGAAAAGAAGGGUAAGCCUGCUAAGCCUUAUCGUAGAUCUACUCCCCUUAACAGAAAGCAACGUCUUAACAAGAUUAAGGAAGCUAAGGCUGCUUUCGAAGCU